AAAAUGUAAUUUUUUAUGAGAUUCAGUCUCGACUGUGUAAUCAUCAAAUAUAAAAUCUGAGGUUCGGUCCCCAGUGUGUCGAGGUGUUUGUAUUUAUUUUGCAGAAGUUGUAACACAUAUUCGAGCUGACAAACAUGGGUUCUCAAAGUGUAAUGAAAGUACCAGUCCUUGAUUUCUCAGGAGACUUGAAGCCUGGAGCUGAGAGAUGGAAAGCCCUGACACAAGAAGUGCGAGAAGCUCUGGAAAGCCCAGGGUGUUUCGCGGCCAUCUACAAUACUGCGGUCCCUGAAUCUCUGCAGAAGGAAAUGUUCUCUGCUAUGAAGGAGCUCUUUGAAAUUCCCCAAGAAACGAAGAUGAAUAACCGAUCCGAGUUCAAGUACCAUGGAUAUAGGGCGCCUGUACCAGAGGCUCCUUUCUUUGAGGUCACUGGCAUCGAUCAUGCAGCCCUGCCGGAGAACAUUGAGCGGUUUACCGACCUUAUGUGGCCCCAAGGAAAUACCAAGUUCAAUGAGACAGUGAAGACCGUAACAAUGAAGAUAACAGAGUUGGCUAAGCUAAUUCAAAUAAUGGUUUUGGAGAGUUAUGGUGCUGAGAAAUACUUCGAUGACCUUGACAAAUCCUCAAAUUACCAUUUUCGAAUGAUGAAGUACAAGGCCCCGGAGGGAGGGCACCAAGUGGAGGGCUUGAAGGGUCACGUUGACAAGAACAUAGUGACGAUACUCUGCCCAGACCAAGUUGGCGGUUUGGAGGUGCAAUUUAAAGAUGGGUCCUGGGCACCAGUGGUGCUCUCGGGAGGCUCUCUUGUUAUCACCAUAGGUGAUACUUUCAUGGCAUGGACUAACGGUAGGCUUCAUCCAGUACGACAUCGGGUGAUGCUGAGGGGAUAUGAAGACAGAUAUUCUUGCGGGUUAUUUUCGAUCCCAAAUCCAAAUGUAUUGAUUGAGGCCCCUAAAGAGCUCGUGGACGAAGAGCACCCUAAGCUUUUUAAGCCCUUCGACUACUAUGAUUACUAUAACUUCUACAAGAUAAAUAAGGAGUGUGGCCUCAAGGAAUUCGCAGGCGUCUGACAUCACAACGAAUUGAAGCCUCUCUUUCUGUCUCAGUUAUAAUUUGCUUAGCUGCUUUUCUUUGAUGCCAUAAUCUAUUGAAUCGAGGGGUUCCUGGUCUUUCACAUGUGUGCUUUCUUUUUCACUAUGAGUUAGCAAUAUCAGUACAUGUAUUAUGGAUUUUAUCACUGCAGUAUGGGUGAUGUAUUUAGUGUGCACUAAUAAAUAUUAAGUUGCUUGCCAGUGUUGAA